GGAGCUAAGAAAGGUAGGGUUAGCACAAGUCUACACGCAGGCAUUUAUCACUCAACCAAGGAUCAGAGCUCAGGCUUGUUGGUAUAGUCAAAGGGAUACAGCAUGUCCGAUAUGCUUGAAGACAUUUUGGCAAAAAACUUUCUAAACUUGGCCCUGAAUGAAGACCCGCUCUUCAUACAGCUUAAGAAGCCAGGGCAAAACCGACUGAACCGAUCGGCCUCAUUCUUCUCUCCCUCCUCCCAUCCUGCUUCCUCAUGCCUUAGCUCGAGCUCGGAUCAUGUUAACGAUGAUGACAAUGGCAGCUCUAUCUGGUCAUCGAACAUCUGGAGUCAGGCGCCGGUCUCCGACAAAAAACAGCUUUCCUUCCGGCCUGACCGCUCCAUGAGCCUGACCGAGCCCAGCAGCUCCCUGCUCCCUUCAAUCGGACACCUGAAAGGCCUGGAGCCUUUCCCCCCAAGCCCUGCUACUACAGUGGCCCCCCCACCAGGGUUUCCUCCCUCGUCCAACCUCCCAGCCCAGGUACCGCCAAUGCUUUCCUCUAACCGUUACAAGACUGAGUUGUGUCGUGGCUACCAGGAGAGCGGCACUUGCAAGUACGGCAGCAAGUGUCAGUUUGCUCAUGGUGAAGCCGAACUGAGAGGAAUGUACCGCCACCCGAAGUAUAAAACCGAGCCCUGCAGAACCUUCUACAACUUUGGGUACUGUCCGUAUGGCUCGCGCUGCCACUUCAUCCACGAGGAGAAAAUCAGCGGUGGUCCUUUACCAUCUGCCAAAUUCCAGCAGCAGCAAAAUCCCUCUGCAUCUGGCAGCCACAACCCACGCCACCAGCUGCGCCAGAGUGUCAGCUUUGCCGGGUUCAUGGGUCCAUCCCGCAGUUCCUCUCCUCCGUCGUUCUCUUCACUCUUCAAUGAUCCCAACCUGGGAUUCACCCGUGCUCCUUCAGUUUCCCCUCCUCCUGCAGAUCUCCUCUCCCCUGUGUUUGGAGACUCUGUGCAGAGAGAGACAUCAGCAUUCCAGUUUGGCAGCCACCAGACCCGCACCAGCACCGGAAACAUUCCUCUCAUCCUGGAGCCAAAGCCUACACGCUGCGUGUGCAACCACGGAAAUAACUUUUCCAACAAUAAAUCCAGAGCCUUCCCCAGCACAGUGGACCAGGAAGGCGGCUUGCUGUUUCCUGGUAUCGGCAGCACCGGGGGCUUCACCAGGUCCGCUGGACUGCAGCGUUUCUCCUCCGAGGACUCCUUGGAGGACAGCUACAGCAGCAGCAGCUCCAGCGGGUCUGAAUCUCCGAUUUUCGACGGGUCGGCCACCAAGAGGCUGACCGUGUUUGAGCGUCUGUCCCUGUCUGACUAAAGAUACAAAUCGGACAACACAAUCCAAAGAGAAAGAACUGUGACACUUGCGUAGCCUUUCUGUUUCCUGACUAUUUUUGAAACUCUUCAGAACAAGACAACUUAAUAACACUUGUAGAAAUGUAACUUAUCUUUUAGAAACUACACAUGCUAAGAUGAUUUUAGAACUCAAAUGUUAUCAGACUUUAUUUUUAUACUCAGAAAUAUGGCAUAGCCUAUUAGACCUUUGUAUGUGGUCUUCCAAGAAAAUUACCUCCUCUGCAGGUCUUGACCUUACCAGCACAUACUAUGGAUCACUACAAAUCAGUGGUGAUUAAAGAAAAAUGGCUUCUCUUUUAGUGAUAAUCAAUGAUGCCUGUGCCUUAAAGACUUUUCCAUCCUCUGUGCCACAAGCAGUAUGUUUGAUUCAGUAGCCUUAAUCAGCGACACCUGACGUGUCUAUUGUAUGCACUUUACAGCUAAUUCAAAUGGGGAAAAUGUCCCAGUAGCAUUCAACCAAAGCUUCAUUUGUAAUUCUGCUCAGUGUGUAUGGAAAGCGAGUGACUGUACAAGAAUGCAUGCAGGAAUGUUUGAGUUUAUUUUUUCCAGACUUGGGGUGCAAGUAAAUAUUGCAGAAUGCUGAAGGAUCAAAGUAUGCUAAUAGAUUGUUGAGUUUAGAACUGAAUAUUUGUAUCCUGACAUGCUCUCAUGGUGUUUGAUUCUGCAAAACGUUCUGUUUUAUUUGCUCUUUUGUUAAUUGCACACCAUCUAUAGUUUUCUUUUUUGUUGUUGUUUUUUUUCCCCCCUGUUUGUUUGACAGCCUGGUUCAGGGAACACCACAGUAUUCCAUUUGGUUAUUGGUUGGCUCUUGUUGUUAACUUAAACUAAUGUAUUUAUUAUAUUUAUUCAUGUUUAAAAAAAAA